UUCGUACGUUUAGUAUAUUUUACUAUAAGUUUUAUUCCUUCAAAAUUCCAAGUUAUCUUUGGCCUCUUAUUUCAAUAAAACCAUGUCGUACUCCGCGAAAACGGUGCUCAAGGAGGGCUCCACUGAGCUGGACCACAUCUGCGAGCUGGAGAUCUCCCAACAGGCUUCCCAUCAGCGCCUAGUGUCCUUGAUCGCCACCAUAUCCCUCAGUUCGCGGAACACGGACACCAUUUACAGCAUGAUUAUGAAGGGAGUGAACAUCUUUCGGCUGAACUUCGCCCACGAAUCCCACGAGAUGCACUCGAAGACGAUCGAGCUGAUCAACGAGGUGCUGGAGAGGAUCCACAAGGAGACGGGUCAGAUUCGAACGGUGGCCAUUGCGGCGGAUACGCGAGGACCUCAGAUCCGAACUGGCUUACUGGAUGGCGAUGUUUUCCUGCGACCGGGUGACAAUCUGCGGCUCUCCAUAAACAGGGAUCUCUACGACAAGGGCAACAAGGAGGCGGUCUACGUGGACUACCCCAACAUCAUCAAUCUAACCAAGACUGGGGAUCGCCUGUUCAUCGACGACGGCAAACUGCUGCUGCACAUCAUGGAAGUGGGCGUGGAUGGGCUUCUCUGUGAGGUUGUUCAAGGCGGCCAGUUGAACAACAACUGCAAUGUGAUCCUGCCGGAAAUCGAGAUCGACUUGCCCGCCGUCUCGGAGAAGGACAUGUUUGACCUACAGUUCAGCAUGAAGGCCAAUGUGGAUUUCCUGUUCGCCUCGGCAGUGAGGAGUGCCAAAAAUGUAAAGGAACUGCGAUCGGUUUUGGGCGAAAAGGGAAAGCACAUUAAGAUCAUCGCCAAGAUGGAUAGCAAAAUCGCUUUGAGCAGAUUUUCGGAGAUACUGCGAGCGGCAGAUGGAUUGCUAUUAUCCCGAGCGGAUCUGGGCACCCAGAUACCCAUCGAGAAGCUCUUCAUCACCCAGAAGAGCAUCCUGGGGCAGUGCAACAAGGCGGGCAAGCCGGUGAUCGUGGGCUCGCACAUCCUGGAGUCCAUGCGCACCUUGCAACAUCCCACGAGGGCCGAGUGCUUCGACCUGGCCAACGCCAUCAUCGAUGGAGCGGACUGCAUCAUGCUGUCCUCGGAGGUGGCCAUCGGUGCGUAUCCCAAGGAGACGGUGGCCACUUGCGACACCCUCUGCCGGGAGGCCGAGAAGGUCCUGUGGUUCCGGGAUCUCUUCUCCGACUUGGUCAGCGAGGCGCGUGGCGAGCUGGACGCGGCCCACUCGGUGGCCAUUGCCGCCGUGGAGACGGCCAAGCGGACGAAUGCCACGCUGAUCGUGGUGCUGACCACCUCGGGCCGCUCAGCCACUCUGGUGAGCAAGUUCCGGCCAAGGUGUCCCAUCCUGGCGGUCACGCGAUGCGAACGGACCGCCCGGUGGGUGUACAUGCACCGCGGAGUCCUGCCGGUUCUCUACACCUCCGAACCUAGCACAGACUACGCCACCGACGUGGAUGCCCGGGUACAGUUUGCCCUGACCUCCGCCAAGAAGGCCGAGAUCAUCGAUGACGGCGAUCCCAUCGUGAUCGUGAGUGCCUGGAAGGACGGCGGCGGAUUCACCAACAACGUUCGCGUGGUCUACGCCUUCUUCGAGGCGGAUCGGGUCGACUGCCUCUUGCGAUCGGACAGGAGGAGGUCCCUGAAGAACACCAACCUCCAAAUGGCCAAGCGAGAAACGGAAGCUGACAAGAGGAGCGUCCAUAUGAUGGAAAACUAACCACCGUGAAAAAUUAUUUGGAAUUUUUAAAUGUAAUUGCCUAGGUUCUUUUUGUACAAAAUUAAAAAAAAAAUACCUUAAUCUA